AUGGAGCUGGAACUGGAUAUCUACCAAUCAGCAGCUCAACGAGUGACAGUCCGAAAGACCAGAUAUCCGAUGAGAUCGUGUAGUGAGAUCCGGUUAGUCGUUCUGGCUGAAAUUCAGAUUUCAAAACUGAUGGACGAGAAGAGCAAGGGAUCGUUGAGGAGUGUGGCGUUCGUCGCUGUCACAUUCUCGACAGUAGCCGUCACUGCAGUCUUGAUUGCAUUCCCAUUGGUCUUCCACUAUGUUCAGACCCUUCAAGCUUCAGUUCAAGGAGAAGUUGAGUACUGCAAGUCUCGUUCCCGUGAUAUGUGGCGUGAGAUGGUUGAGGUUGCACCAGAAGGGCCAGAUGAUCCACUUGACGUCUUGCUCAGAGCCACCCGUCAAGCUGAUGCUCAAUGCUGUACUUGCCAACAAGGACCACCAGGACCAGACGGAGAGCCAGGAACUCCAGGAAGAGACGGAGAACCAGGAACCGGACCAGGAGAGCCAGGACCACCAGGACCAGAUGCUGAGCUCCAUGACCGUAUCCUUCCAGUUCCACCACAGUGUCCAUGCACAGCUGCUCCAGGACUCGGCGGACCACCAGGACCACCAGGACAAGACGGAAUUCCAGGAAACCCAGGAAGAAACGGAGAGGACGGAGCUCCAGGACCACAAGGACCAGCUGGACCACCAGGACCUCCAGGACAGCCAGGGCAACCAGGACAACGUGGACCACCAGGAGAGCCAGGAGCACUUCUUCCAGGAGGUGAUGCUCCACCAGGCCCACCAGGACCACCAGGAAGACCAGGAGCUCCAGGACAACCAGGAAAGGCCGGAUCACCAGGACAAGACGGAACUAAUGGAGACGCCGGAGUUUCAGGAGAGCCAGGACAACGCGGACCACCUGGACCACCAGGACAAGCCGGAACUCCAGGAGCCCCAGGAGAGGCCGGAUCCCCAGGAUCUUGCGAGCACUGCCCACCAGCUCGUCUUGCCCCAGGAUAUUAA